AUGGCAACUACUACUGCUCCAAACACGCCAUUGCUGAUUUAUGGUUCCAUCAUUCAGUCAGCUAGUGUGGAUUCUCUUGAGUAUGUCGAACAAGGCCUCCUAGUUAUUAAGUCUGGGAAGAUACUCCAUUAUUGCAAGAAUGUUAGAAAGGAGGAUAUUCCCACCAUUCUUGGCAGUUUUGAAAUUGGAGCUCUUCUCCCAAGUGUUCGCUAUCUCAAAAAAGGUCAAUUUGUCAUUCCUGGAUUCGUUGACAGUCACAACCACGCACCUCAAUGGGCUCAGCGAGGUUUGGGACGAGGGUUAGAAAUUCUGGAUUGGUUGGAUCAAGUAACAUUCCCAAAUGAGGCAAAAUUCGAAGAUCCUGAUCAUGCUCGGCGUAUUUACAAUUCCUGUGUUGACGGAUUCAUCAAGCAAGGCAUCACCACCGUGUCAUACUAUGGGUCUUUGCACGGUGAAGCGACAAAGAUAUUAGCUGAUAUCUGUUUUGAAAAAGGACAACGAGCUUUCGUUGGAAAAUGCAACAUGAAUCGCAACUCCCCUGCCUAUUACACAGAUGCAUCUGCAGAAUCCUCUCUUGAAGUCACGAAGGAGUUCAUUUCUCACGUUCGACACGUCGACCCCAAUUUUGAUUUGGUCAGUCCUGUUCUUACUCCUCGGUUCGCAAUUUCCUGUACCGAUGAACUUCUUGCGGGCAUCGGACAGAUUGCAAAAGACAAUCCGACCUUACCCAUUCAAACCCAUUUUUGCGAGGCGGAAUCCGAGAAAUCUGCUACAUUAUCCCUGUUUCCAUCAUUUACGAACGAAGCAGAUCUCUAUGAAAGUUUCAAUCUAUUAUCUCAGCGUUCCAUUCUCGCACACUGCACCAUAAUGACAGAUUACGAAAUAGAGCGAAUUGCUGCACUCGAUUGUGGAGUAGCACAUUGCCCGGUUUCGAAUACUACAGUUGGUGGUGGAUUUAUGGCAGCACCCAUUCGCGAAUACCUUCGUCGUGGUAUUAAAGUUGGAUUAGGAACUGACAGUGGUGGUGGAUUCUCUUCCUCAAUUUUGGAUGCUAUGCGACAGGCUUUCAUAGUAUCCAAUGCGAGAGAUUUCCUUACCAAAGGUGCUGAUCCACGGCUAUCUCUUGCUGAAUGUUUCUACCUUGCGACACUUGGUGGUGCUCGAGUUUGUUGUUUAGACCAUGUCAUUGGCGACUUUUCCAAUGGAAAACAAUUUGAUGCUUUGAUCAUUGAUACAGAGAUAGAUGGAGCAAUGACACUGACUGAUGAGAAAGAUAUCCUUCCGGUUAUUUUUGAGAAGUUUCUGAUGAGUGGAGAUGAUCGGAAUAUUCUUGAAGUUUAUGUCAAAGGCAGACAGAUCAAAAUUUGA